CGCACACACAUAAACACAGACACGUUGAAUAUGUAGGGGUUUAGACUACACGGUUCAUUAGAAACAGCUUCUUUUGUUUCUAAUAGUAGGUCAUUAAGUGCUGAUCGUGCUGUUUUCAUUUAAACUGUGUGUAGCUGUAAACACACAGCGUUACUACACUGAGAGAAUUCUUGAAAACUACAAAAUCACCUCUUGAAACAUGGACCGAGUGUUUAAGAGAUGCAGGAUCAGCUGUGAUCUGGUUCGAGAGUGUUUCGCUGAGUUUCUUGGAGUGUACAUUUUAAUACUAUUUGGCUGUGGCUCAGUCGCUCAGGUCACAACUUCAGAAAACAGUAAAGGAGAAUACUUGUCAAUCAAUCUCGGAUUUGCUUUGGGCACUACAUUUGGAGUUUAUGUUUCCAAAGGAGUAUCAGGAGCUCACCUGAAUCCCGCUGUGUCUCUCAGCCUGUGUUUUCUGGGCAGGUUCCCCUGGACUCGGCUUCCAUUCUACAUCUUUUCACAGGUGUUUGGUGCCUUUCUGGCUGCAGCCACUGUUGCGUUGCAGUAUUUUGAUGCUAUAAUCCAUUACAGUGGUGGGAAGCUUACAGUGAGCGGCCCCACUGGCACAGCAGGAAUAUUCUCCACUUACCCUGCAGAAUACUUAAGUGUAUGGGGAGGAGUAGUAGACCAGGUGAUUGGCACAGCGGCCCUGAUGGUGUGUGUUCUGGCUCUGGGUGACAGCCGUAAUGUCCCCGCUCCUCCUGGACUAGAACCUGUGCUGGUGGGAGCAGUGGUUAUGGUAAUCGGCGUCUCCAUGGGCUCAAAUAGCGGUUAUGCCAUUAACCCGGCACGAGACAUCGGCCCUCGUGUCUUCACCUAUAUAGCGGGCUGGGGCGAUGAAGUCUUCAGAGCUGGAUCUGGGUGGUGGUGGAUCCCUGUGGUGGCCACUUGUGUCGGUGGGCUUGCAGGCUCUUUGAUUUAUCAGCUGCUGAUUGCUGCACACCAUCCUGAACAAGAGCUUACCAAGACGACUGACAACCUGCAGGAGCUGGAAAUGGACGUGUCAGAGAAAGAGUUUGAAAAACCUGAUCAGGUUAAUGUGACGCUGGAGCAACAGUCUGAAAAGACACAUGCGCAGAUGUUCACAUUAAGUUCUGGCAAAUAGAAGCACUGCUGAUAUAAACUUCAUCGUCAACCUGUCAAUCUUGGGCUUUAAUAUCUAUGUUCAAUGACAAAGCUAGAUCACUGUUAAGCAAACAAUUCUACGGCUAAGAACAGCACGUCACUAUAAAAUACUUGUUUCUGAUUGGACAGAAAAGUUUGACGUCUAGAUCGCUUCUAACUGCAAGGCAAUUCCUAGGUUUAUAUUAUUGCACUAAUAUGUUAUUGUUUCUAUAAUAAAUGUACAUUCACAGAGACUUGUACAGCAGACAUCAUAUAAACCUUCUCUAACAAAUAGGACUAUUUAAUAUGGUGAGGUUUUCUGGUAAACUCUAUUCAUCAAUUAGGAAAUUGGAUUAUUUUUGUUCCAAAGUAAAGCAGUUUUUUUCACAUUGCAUAUAAUUAUUAACAAAUGAAUAGAAUGUGUUCUUGUUUUUAAUGAAUGAAAUGAAAUGAAACUGAAACUGGGUGUCACUGUUUACUCAUUUAGUAAAGCUGUGUGUAAAAUGUACCAAACCAAACCAAGAAUUGUUGCUGGAUUUACAAAUGAAACCAGAAAAUGAAAUCAGAGACGCUGAUUCUCUUUGUACUUGAUGCGUAUGUUAAUCACCUAAAACAUGCAAAGUGUGGUCCUGACACACCUGAUUUCCUGUUAGGGAUCAGGAAAUAAUAUCAAAAUUGUCAAACAAAUGAUUGUUAUUAUAAGAUUUAAAUGGUUUGGUCUCUGCCAUUUAACAUUAUAUAUAUAUAUAUAUAUAUAUAUAUAUAUAUAU